AUGAGCAAUGAUCAAUUAGAAGAAUACAGACGGCGGAUGCAGCAAAAGCGAUCUGGGACUGAAGUUAAUAGAGAUGAGGAGCUAGCAAAAGCAUUGCAGGAAGAAGAAAAUGAAAGAUUAAGAAAGCAAGCAUCAGAAGACGAAGAAAUUGCCAAAAAAAUGCAAAGUCAAAAUUUAGACUCAGUGCAGUCUAGUAAUCCGCAAAAUCAACCUGUUUAUCCAGUUCCGUGAGGUCGCUAUCAAGCUCCUCCUCCAUACCAGGCGCCACCUGCUCAGCCAAGAGAAAAUCCCUACUAUGCACCUUUGCCCGGUCACGGAGGAGAAAAUCAACCUCUUUUGGGCCAAAAUAUCCAAACUCAUAAUUGCUUGCCUCAAGUAAACGAUAAAUUCUUAGGAGUAAAUACACAAGUAUGCGUUUUGACAACAGCUGGACUUUUGACAUUCGGAAUAAUUGCAACAUUGAUAAUUAUGGCUUCAAGCUAA